AGACUUAACAAGUGAGAGAAAAGAGACCAGGUCUCUUACUUCUCUCUCUCUUUAUUGUUUGUCUCUGUAGAAGACUCAAUGCACCAACUGCGUCGUCGUGGUCGCGAUUGAAGACGAAGAAGAAAAAGAAGACAGACAAAAAUGCGGGCCUCCGUUUCCCUGUGGCUCGUGUUAGCCACCGUCGCGUUGUCGGCGGCGCUGGUUCACGGCGGUUUGACGGGGACAUUUCUUCCUCUAGAACGGGCCAUUCCUCUGAACCAACGAGUCGAAUUAGAGGCGCUGAGAGCUCGCGACAGAGCACGCCACAGUCGAAUCUUGCAAGGUGUCUUUGGUGGCGUUGUCGACUUCACUGUCCAGGGAACCUCCGAUCCUUACUCCGUUGGGUACGGGCUCUAUUUCACGAAAGUGAAGUUGGGAUCGCCUGCGAAAGAGUUUUACGUUCAGAUUGAUACUGGAAGUGACAUAUUGUGGUUGAAUUGCAUGACUUGCAGUAAUUGCCCACAAUCUAGUGGGUUAGGGAUUCAGCUGGAUUUCUUUGACACGACCGGCUCAUCCACUGCUGCGUUUGUCUCCUGCGCUGAUCCAAUAUGUUCUUAUGCGGCUCGAACUGCGACAAGUGAAUGCUCUUCUCAGGCUAAUCACUGCAGCUACACUUUUCAGUAUGGGGAUGGAAGUGGGACAACUGGUUAUUAUGUUUCUGAUACGAUGUAUUUUGACACCGUCCUGGGACAGUCAUUGAUUUCUAACUCUUCAUCUACCAUCGUUUUUGGGUGUAGCACCUACCAGUCUGGGGAUUUGACCAAAACAGAUAAAGCAGUUGAUGGAAUUUUUGGGUUUGGUCCUGGUGCUCUAUCUGUUAUAUCACAAUUGUCAUCACAGGGUCUGACACCCAAAGCGUUCUCUCAUUGCCUAAAAGGACAAGACAAUGGAGGAGGUGUGUUAGUUCUCGGUGAAAUUUUGGAGCCAAAUAUUGUUUAUAGCCCACUUGUCCCAUCACAGCCUCAUUACAACUUAAAUCUUCUGAGCAUUGCUGUUAAUGGACAACUUCUCCCAAUUGAUUCAGAUGUAUUUGCGACAACUAAUAAUCGAGGAACUAUAGUUGACACUGGAACGACAUUGGCAUACCUUGUUCAAGAAGCAUACAAUCCUUUUGUCGAUGCUAUAACUGCUGCUGUCUCACAGUUCUACAAACCCAUUAUUUCAAAAGGAAACCAGUGUUAUCUGGUAUCAAACAGCGUAGGUAAUAUAUUUCCUCAAGUCAGUUUAAACUUCAUGGGUGGGGCAUCUAUGGUUUUAGAUCCAGAACAUUACCUCAUGCAUUAUGGUUUCCUUGAUGGUGCUGCAAUGUGGUGCAUUGGGUUCCAAAAAGUAGACCAGGGAUUCACUAUUUUAGGAGAUAUUGUCCUAAAAGAUAAGAUAUUUGUAUACGACUUAGCUAAUCAACGAAUUGGAUGGGCCAACUAUGACUGUUCUUUGGCUGUAAACGUCUCUAUGGCUACGAGCAAGAGCAAAGAUGCAUACAUCAACAAUUCAGGACACAUGAGUGUGGGCUGCUCCCACAUACGCACUUUCUCCAACUUGCUAGCAUCAGGCAUUGCUGCUUUCCUUGUGCACACAGUUUUCAUGGAGUUCCCAUUUUUGUAAAGCGCUACCAUGAGUCAAACAUCAUUUUUUGAAGCUUACAUGGGUUGGCUGAUGUUUUAUUUAUUAUCAGCAUGCCCUUGCGUUGAAACGGGAGGUGGUUGCUGUUUUCUGCGCCGUAUUUAAUUUCGUUGGUAUCCUUAGCUUGCUGAAAAUGAGGAUCUCAUUACAAAGGGUCUCUCAUCUUCGGAACUGGCAUCUUUGUAAAUUAGUUUACCACCUGGAGUAGAUGGGAAUUGUACUAUUUAUAAACUACUCUGACUACAUAAAACAGUUUACUUGUGAGAUUUUCAGCAAAGGAUAUGGGAAUAUCAUAUUCUUGGAAUUGUGUUCUUAUUGUCACCAAUGGAGUGAUGUGUGCACCGUGCAGCAACAAGUUGUCAAACCAAUGUAAAGAAAGACGAACAAUAUUUCUUCGAAUAGGUAGUUAUCUUUGUUA